CUUCUCCAUACUCUUGCCGUGUUCUCUGACUGCUUUAGUGACGGUGACAAGUUACGCAAAAUGAAGGCCAUCAUACAACGGGUAACAGCAGCUAAAGUCACCGUCGGCGAGGAAUUGAUCAGUUCGAUCGGGAAAGGUCUCUGCGUACUGAUCGGUAUAUCUAACGAAGACAAUGCGAACGAUGUUGACUGGAUGGCCAAAAAGCUACUUAACAUCCGGCUCUUCGAAGACCCCUCUGGGAAACGGUGGUCUCAGAGCGUCCUGGAUCAGCAGUUGGAACUGCUCUGCGUCAGCCAGUUUACCCUGUACCAUCGGAUGAAAGGUAACAAGCCGGAUUUCAGCAAAGCCAUGCAGGGCGUCGAUGCCCAGAAUCUGUACAAUACACUGCUGGCAAAGUUGGCAACCCUGUACGAAGCGGAUAAGAUCAGAGAUGGAAAAUUCGGUGCCAUGAUGCAGGUGCACAUACAGAACGAUGGUCCGGUGACGUUGGAAAUCGAAUCACCUCCCCAGAGCCAGCAGGAUCUGGACAAACUGAAACGAGCGAACGAGCACAAGGCGAAGAGUAAAAAGAGCGGUGGAGAGCCGGCAAAGGAUGGUGAGGAGCAAUAAAGGAAUCGUUUUUGUUU